UCCAAUAUUAGUGUUGAAAGAAGGAAGAAGGCAAUCGGUGAAUUUAGGCAUAGUUGUGUGUUAGCCCAAUUAUUACUCUCUCAUAACCUAAAAAGCCCAUUUCUCCUUCAAUCCAUUUCCAGCUACCGAUACUCGUUAUCCCUUCUUCCUUCUCCGCAACAACCUCCGCCGGCACACCCCCUCUCCGCCGUCCUCACUCGCCGGCACGCACCACUGCUUAACGCAUUCCCUCCUCCUCCGCCCAGGGUGCUGGAGUGUGGCAUAUGACCAUAGGGUGUUUAUCAAAGGAUGAGCAGCAUGCAGAUAACUGCUACACAGAAUUCUAUUUGUGCCAAUAAAUCAAUAUGCCUUGUUUCUAAGUCAAUAUAUCCAUCAUUCCAUGCUAAUCAGUCACUACGUGCUGUUGUGAAUCUAAGUGCCAAUGCAUCUUAUUUCAAGCAGGGGCUACCAAUUUUGAAGUAUAAACAUCGGAGGGUAGGAUUAAAACAUCAGCAUACACCAAUUGUUUCCUUAUUUGGUAGCAAGGGAAAGGGCAGUGAUGAUGGGGGUUCUCCAUGGAAAGCUUUUGACAAAGUCGUUGAAAGUUUUAAGAAGGGAGGAUCAGUAGAAGAUGUCUUGCGGAAACAAAUUGAAAAGAAAGAGUUCUAUGAUGGUGGAGAUGGUGGCAGGAGACCUCCAAGUGGUGGUGGCGGCGGUGGUGGCGGCGGCGGUGGCGGCGGCAGUGGUAGCGAGGAUAGUUCUAGUGGAGCUAAGGAUUUUAGUCUCGCAGAAGCUUUGGAUGAAACACUGCAAGUGGUUCUGGCGACCCUUGGCUUUAUUUUCAUGUAUUUUUAUUUACUCAACGGGGAAGAGGUAACGCGAUUGCUGAAGGAUUACAUAAAGUAUCGAUUUGGAGGAAGCAAGAGUGUGCGUUUGAGGCGAGCGAUGUACGAAUGGGGAAGGUUUUACCAAAGACUUACUGCAAAGAAGAAAUAUGAUGAAUUUUGGCUGGAGAAAGCUAUUAUUAACACCCCAACAUGGUGGGAUCAUCCUGAUAACUAUAGGCAUGCAGCAAUGGCUUAUGGGAAGGCCGAGAAUCAGGAAAAGAAUUUUGCAUCAGAUGAUUACGGGGAAACUGAUGAUGACGAGGAAUUCUAAGUCCUUUUCCUUUUCUUUAAACCAACCUGAUGAUCUUUUUUUUUUUUUUUUUUUUUUUUGCCAUCAAUUUUUGUUUUAUGAGAUGCUAAAUUUGAUAUGUGUUUGUUAUAGGAUCUUGGUGGAAUGAUGUACAUAACAUGGGAUUUUGCCACUUUUUAUAAUGUUCUUAGUUAUGUGAACUCGAAGUCUUUCUGGUAA